AGCAGGGGCCGGAAUUUUCUCGCUCUUAAAACAUUCUCCCAUCGUCCAUUUCGUCUAUAUUUUAUUUCCAUUUCCGACCUGUUCUUCCGUGAUUUCUUCACUUCUCUUCUUCCAUUUCUCUGAAUUUACAGAUUCUGAAUUCUCCAUGGAUCUUCAGCACCAGUUUCGAAAACCAACCUUGGAGCCAGACCCGCACCUACCCAACAUCAAAAUUCACCAUCCAGCUUCCCCUCGCCACACCUCCACCGCCACCCCCGUCGCCACCCCCACCCCCACUGCCGGCGCCCGCCGCAGGAUUGGGGUGGCUGUCGACCUCUCCGAGGAGAGUGCUUUUGCUAUUCAUUGGGCUGUUCUACACUAUAUUCGUCCUGGUGAUGCUGUCAUUCUCCUCCAUGUUAGCCCUACUUCCGUCCUUUUCGGUGCCGAUUGGGGCUCCAUCGACAUUACUCUCGAUACUGCUGAUGAUAAUCCUGAUGAUCAUAAUUCUGGUAACUCUGUAAAUGGUCAUCAUCUGAACCGUACCGAGCGUUCGAAACGUAAAUUGGAGGAUGAUUUUGAUGCUUUCACUGCCUCCAAAGCUGCUGAUCUUGCUAAGCCGUUGAAAGAUAUUCAGAUUCCGUAUAAGAUUCAUAUUGUGAAGGAUCAUGAUAUGAGAGAGAGGCUUUGUUUAGAAGUGGAGAGAUUGGGGCUGAAUGCGCUGAUCAUGAGCAGUCGGGGUUUUGGUGCUGCAAAGCGUGGAAAUGACGGUGGGCUCGGAAGCGUUAGCGAUUAUUGCGUGCAUCAUUGUGUGUGUCCUGUUGUGGUGGUGCGUUUUCCGGAUGAGAAGGAUGUUGGGAUCGGUUGUGAUUCUGUUGCUGUGAAGAAGCAGGACAAUGGCGCCCCCGAAAAGUCUGUUGCUGUGAAGAAGCAGGACAAUGGCGCCCCCGGAAAGUCUGUUGCUGUGCAGAAGCAGGACAAUGGCGCCCCCGGAAAGUCUGUUGCUGUGCAGAAGCAGGACAAUGGCGCCCCCGGAAAGUCUGUUGCUGUGCAGAAGCAGGACAAUGGCGCCCCCGGAAAGUCUGUUGCUGUGCAGAAGCAGGACAAUGGCGCCCCCGGAAAGUCUGUUGCUGUGCAGAAGCAGGACAAUGGCGCCCCCGGAAAGUCUGUUGCUGUGCAGAAGCAGGACAAUGGCGCCCCCGGAAAGUCUGUUGCUGUGCAGAAGCAGGACAAUGGCGCCCCCGGAAAGUCUGUUGCUGUGCAGAAGCAGGACAAUGGCGCCCCCGAAAAGUCUGUUGCCGUGCAGAAGCAGGACGAUGACGCCCGGGAAAAGCCUGUUGCUGAGGCCGUGGAGUCCAAAGUUUGUCAUGAAAAGCUUGCAUCAUCCUGAUUAGCUGAGGUGCAAACUGGAUUGUUGUCGAUUUUGAAUCUGAAUUGCAGAGCCCCUGUUUUCCCCCACACAAGGAAACCGUGAAUAAGAAAAUAAUGUCUGCAUGAUUUGAAAUUGAUGUAUGGCCUUUCAAAUUGUUUAAUUCGUUUGAUAUCAAUAAUAUAUUUCCCUCUUCUGCCACGAUUAUUAUCUAUCUGGUUGCUAAUUACCAAAAUCCUCGAACAAAUUUGUUGUGUUC